AUGUCUCAAGUCUACGGGGACAUCCCAAGCGUCAUCGACCGACCCUACUCUCCAGACGUGGAGUCCAUCUCUUCCGUCUUCUCUACUUCAUCUGAGGAGUCCGAUCACGACAUGGCCGAGCACCCUCUAUCUAUGUCAGCCAGUGCGGUUUCCGAGUCCGAGUGCAAAAUUAGACGAGAUGACCGGUUCUAUUUCCUCGACGAAAACGUGCAGCUCAUCGUCGAGAAGAGGGUGUACAAUGUUCCUCGGACGCCACUCACUCAACACUCUCUAUUCUUCCGCGAUCUCUUUGCAUGCUCGCCUGAUGCUCGCCUGCCUCCGGGUUGGUCUCGGCACGAGCUCGUCGUCCUUGACCAACGCACGAUUUUCUAUGUGCAUGCCGUCACCAACGCCAUUGAGAUGAAUCGCCCGAGCAUCACUGGUCCAUUCUCUGAGGCAUAUCCUCUCUACGAUGUCACCUGCGAGGAAUUUGGUGCCUUCUUAUCUGUUCUCUAUCCCAGGAACUACGCUCGUCACGACCUGACUACCGCCGUUCAAUGGACGUCUGUCUUGAAGCUAGCUACGGCCUGGAACUGCGAGUCCAUCCGCGAGCUAGCCAUCGAACGUUUGCGACCACUACUGCAAGAUCAGCCACUGGAGACGCUAGCCACUGCUCGCUUAUACAACGUCGAAGAGUGGGUCUGCAACGCUUUGAAUAGCCUAGUCGAGCGCGAUGAUGCUCUAGACGACGGCGAAGCGGGACGUCUCGAGCUUCCCGAUGUCAUGUGUAUCAUGAGGCUUCGGGAACAGCGAGCGGUGGUUCGUACCGUUGCCGAAAUGACGGCGGACCCGUAUCUUAUAGAUGCAUUCGAGGCCAAGGAGGCAGCCAAGGUCGCAGAGCGUGAGGUGGCUGCAAGGGUAGUCGCGGAAGAAGCCGCCAAAGUGAAGGCUAUGCAAGACUGGAUGGUCCGGAAGCAGUGCGAGGAGAGUAUCGCCGCAAGAAAGCGGUAUCUCGAAGAGGAGAAGCGCGUAAGGGUGGAAAGGGCGCUCCUUACAACGAACGAAGCUUGGCCGGCGGAAGAGACGGAAGAUAUCGAGGAAGAAGGAAUGAUGAAGCGCGAGAAGCAAGCUAUGGUCGAGCCCAAUCAGCAGGUCAAUGCUGCCAGUGAGAGCACUGACGAGGAGCCCUUCACGAAAGACAACGACAACGAACUUCGAAUGCCUGCCCUUGUGGCCCCUGUACAGGCUGAAUCGCGCACGGAGACAGGCUAUAUAGGCAAGGAGGCCGAGUUGGCAGGCGGGAGGGAUGGACCGGCGCUAGAAAGAGUCGAUGCUCAAAGCGGAAACCAAGCGUCACUUGCUGUCGAAUCCUGUGGCCAUAGUCCCCUCCAACCAAAUGAAGUGACCAUCCAACAGCACGCGCCCAACGGAAUUGAACCAGCCGUACAGCAGCCACCGCCCGUGUCAACGCAAACGAGAAGCACCGGCGACUCUGCUAAGCCGCCGUUGGUAACGCCUGCGCCCACGCAGCCUACCGGAACGUCUUCUGGCACGCUUGCUGCGACCCGCCAGACGGCUUCGCCAGUGUCUGCACCCAGUUCCCGGCCUGUGGUCUCGGCGAGCAGCUACAAUGAUCGGACUUCAAGCGUGCGGUCACAGAAGUCAGCGCCGACGACGAUCGAUGGCCGUCCAAACCUUUGGAAUCGGCUGUCAGAGGCUAUGAUUGCUGCACAGCGAAAUACGCAAAUGCCGGUCACCAGUUCUUCCCAACAGUCUGCUGGUCGAUACCGUUCGUCAGCCUCAUCUUCAGUACGCCCGCAGAAGCCCGGAAACACCUCCGAUACGAAUUUGAGCGUAACCAGCGCUUUUAAGGUUGAUGGGGGAUCGUCGUCGUCCAGCUCCGCGCGUGCCAAUUGA